AAAAAGCAAAACGUAUCCGCCACUGAAGAUGAAUGUGACUCCCUGAAAAUGUGUGGUGAAUAUGGAGAUGAGACCAGCUCUGAGCCUGUACUAAAACCUGGCGAAGGAAAGGAUGUUUCUGAUAUUGCCAUUUCAAGACUUUUAAAAGAUUUCAACAGUGCUGAACUCUUGUCUCAGACACCAGACAAUACUCCAAAAGGGGAUGCCACUAACCCUAACCAGGAGACUAAAUAUGAAGCUGUUGUUUCUUCACUAAAGUGCUUGCAUCUCCGCAGACCAUUUUUAGCUAAAGAGCGGAAAAAAAUAACUUUAAAACGAAAAAAUCUGCAGAACAAUUUAAAUCUAGCAGUAGCAGCCAGUCACUAUCAGAAGCCUAUAGUUUGGCCAGCAAAGCUGAGUAGCCAUUGUAAGAAAGAAAACUCUCAUUUGCUUAAUCCUCCGAGACUUGAGAUUCCUCAGGAUUAUCUAAACAAGGGGAGCAAUCCUAAAUGUGAUGCAACUGCAGGGGAGAAAAAUCCAAUUAAUGCAACAAUAUUUGGCAGUAUUGCCUCUUUGGAUUACUCCAAAUUUUCAUUUAAUAGCUUAUCAGAGCAGUUACCAUCUGGCCAGGAGUCUGACAUUUUUAAGAACAAGUCUGGAAAUGUUUGUUCAUCUAGUAUAAGUAAUGAAGGUGUAUCAACGUCAAAACGCCAUAGCUCAGGGUCGCUACCUCCUUCUAAAAUCCCCAAAAUAAACACCACUGGUGACAAUCUUCCUUUGUUUUCUGCUUACGGUGAAUAUAGAAGUCUUGUAUGUGAAGAGUCAGAACAUCUUUUGCCACUCGCUUGUAUCACAUCUCUACGUGCAGAGGCUGCUAACAGCUCACCAAGCCAGCCAAGUUCGUCAUUGCUAGUGUCUGAAGCAUCCCAAUCAGCUUCAUCUACAUCUGCAUCAGUUCAUAGCCCUCCAAAUGAAGUCAGCAUCAAUAGGUCUUGCUCUCAGGAAAUGAGAAUGGAGGAAACCAACGUGAAUGAGCUUGCCAGCUAUUUCGAAGACCUGCUACACAUCCCUCGUAAAAUGUCUAUCAUGGCGGAAAUGAUGUAUACAUAAGUCUUUGGCUUGUUAUGAUGCACAAUACUCACUUUGGUUAUGCACCUAUUCAGGGAUAUUAUAUAGUCAUAAUUAAAACUAAGACACAAAGUCUUUUAUCAUUUUAAAUAUUAACAUCUUUAUUGUUAUAUACAUCAAUAAAUACCUCUACAUAGUUUUUAUGUAGCAACAAAAAAUUUCACUACAUUUUCUUUGAUUAAAAUUUGAUUACUUUCUAUUAUUUUGUAAAUAAUAAAUAUACAUUUUAUAAUAGAAUUAUGCGAAGUUGAUUGAAAAUUGAAAUUGAAAAAGCUUUUUGACAGUUUUUGUAGCUUUUUAUAAAUUGAUAAUGUAUUUUACUUUCAGUUUAAUCAAUGACCAUAAUUUUUUGCUAUAUAGUUUAUAAAGCAUUUUUUUUUUAAAUUAAUUUAUAACCAGAUUCAGUUAUAAAAAUUAUAUAUAAUUUACUUAUUUUCCCUCACUUGAUUAAAAUUAUUUUGAAACCUUAAAUAAAUUACUUCAAAAUAACACAUAAAACAUAUAAUUAAAAAAACUGUUUGCUAAAACUCUUAGGUCAGUAGACUUUGAACUACUAAAAAUUAUUGUGUUUUGGGGGGAAAAGAAAAGGCAAUAACUUUGAAACAAAAUCUCAUCAUUAUUUUUCUAUGUUGAUCUUCCCAUCCCCUUCAGACUUGCAAAAAUAGAAUUUGAGUGUCUGUUUAUUAAAACAAUGUCAAAAAUAAGUGCACUGAAUAGAAACAAUUUUAUUUUACAACGUAAGAAUGAUAAAAUAGUUCAAUAGCUAAGGAGCUGAUAUACUUAAUCAUUUUCUGACAAUGUAAACUUUAUUUGUGAAUCUUGAUGUUAUUUUUUGUUUUAAUGCAUGGAUAAAACUGCUUUGCAUCCACCAAUGGUAGGGAAAAGUAUGAUAUAGAAAAUUAAAUCUCAAUUUCACCAAUUGAAAGUGUUCAUAAUGGGGUUAUUUUCAAUCUUUUGUUUUAUUUCAAUUUUACAGUUUUUGGGUUGAUUUUUAUUUUUAUACUGAGCAUCUUCGGAUAAGAGCCGUCAGUUAUAGAAUUGUAAAUAUUUAGAAUCUAUAUCUGCUCUUGCCUAGACAAGAGUUUUUUUUCUAACAGGCAUAGAGUUAUGAGAGUCUUAGACUCGAUUCUUUAUAACAAUUAUGAAGAAAAAAAUAGCAAAACAUAACAAAAAUGUUUUUAUCUUUUGAAAUAAAUUUUUUGUUGUUAACAU